CUAACAAAAAAAAAAAAAACAACCUUAUUUCAAUGAGGAAGGGAAGUUUAGUUGAGGCUCUUGUGUUUAGGACUCUACUUUGAACAAGCUCUCUGAUGGCGCUGGUGUGGGCUCUUGCUGGUAUAUGGGUGCUAAGCCCUGUGUUUGGAUCCCUGACAGUCAACGGGACCAGACCCAACAUAGUCCUGCUAUUGAUGGACGAUAUGGGGUGGGGAGACCUGGGUGUGUUUGGGCAACCCUCCAAAGAGACUCCUAACUUGGACAAGAUGGCUUCUGAGGGCAUCCUGUUUCCAGAUUUUUACACUGCUAAUCCCCUGUGCUCGCCAUCAAGAGCAGCUUUGCUUACUGGUCGUCUCCCCAUACGAAAUGGCUUCUACACCACCAAUGCUCACGCCAGAAACGCUUACACGCCUCAAGAGAUCGUGGGUGGUAUCCCUGACUCUGAGAUUCUCCUGCCUGAGCUGCUGAAGAAAGCUGGAUACGUGAAUAAGAUCAUUGGCAAAUGGCAUUUGGGCCACCAACCCAAGUUCCAUCCCCUUAAACGAGGAUUCGAUGAGUGGUUUGGAUCGCCCAACUGUCACUUUGGACCUUACAAUGACAAAGAUAUCCCCAAUAUACCAUUAUAUAAAGACUGGGACAUGGUUGGCAGAUACUAUGAAGAUUUUAUUAUCAACCACAAAACUGGAGAGUCCAAUCUCACUCAGUUUUACUUACAGGAAGCGCUUGAUUUCAUUAGCAGGAAGAGGGAUAGUCGGCAGCCGUUCUUUCUAUACUGGGCUAUAGAUGCUACUCAUGCUCCUGUCUAUGCAUCCAAACCCUUCCUGGGAACCAGCCGCCGAGGACUAUACGGAGAUGCAGUACGCGAGAUUGAUUUUAGCAUCGGAAAGAUCCUUGGGACGCUAAUGCAAACUGGCAUAGCUAACAACACCUUUGUCUUCUUCACAUCUGACAAUGGGGCAGCACUUAUCUCUGACCCAAACCAAGGUGGUAGCAAUGGCCCCUUCCUAUGUGGGAAGCAGACAACAUUCGAGGGUGGCCUGAGGGUGCCGGGCAUUGCGUGGUGGCCAACACACGUGACUGCUGGUCAGAUCAGCUACCAGCUGGGCAACGUUAUGGAUCUGUUUACCACCAGUCUGUCCCUGGCAGGACUGGAUCCUCCCGACGAUAGAACCAUUGAUGGCCUUGACCUGUCUGCAGUCCUUCUGGAGAGCAAGGUGAUGGACAGGCCAAUAUUCUAUUACCGGGGCAAUGAGCUGAUGGCCGUCAGACUAGGCCUGUACAAGGCUCAUUACUGGACAUGGAGUAACUCUUGGGAGGAGCUGUCACAGGGUAUUGAUUUUUGUCCGGGGCAAAAUAUCACCGGAGUAACGACACACGAUCAAGUGGAGCACAGUAUCAACCCCCUCCUGUUCCACCUUGGGAGAGACCCCGGGGAGAAGUACCCUAUAAGCGUUCUGAGUGCAGAGUACCAGGAUGCUGUUAUCAGGAUUUCCUCUGUGGUUAAGCAGCACAGGGACACAAUGAUCCCCGGGGAACCUCAGCUCAAUGUGUGUGACCUGGCUGUCAUGAAUUGGUCCCCUCCUGGAUGUGAGAAGUUGGGAAAAUGUCUAACCCCACCGGAGUCUAAGCCCUGGAAGUGUGUCUGGCCUCACUGAUUGAUGGUCUACAUGUGGUCAGGGUGGAGUGAGGACAUUGAAGCUCUGUGCUACAGGCAAUAUAUAACCAAUGCUAUGCUCUCUGAAUUCUCCACCAAUCAAACUGCAGCUGUAGGGGAGCAAGAAGGACUCCCACAAUUCCAUGUUUAGAAUGUGCAGCGGCAUCAAAUGCCAGCAUUGCUUUGCAUCUCACAGAUUCUUGGAGGGACACUGGAAAUACAGUCAUGACUGACGGAAAGGACUGUUGUAUGGGCCCGACACCCACGUAAACUGUUACAUAAUUAAAGAACGGUUAUCCAUUCCAGCCACUGUACAGCCAUUCUGCAGAAGUAAAGAACGGUUCUCCUGUCUGUAUUGGUUGCAGUUUUGUCCAGGAUGUGGACAACCAGCGUUCUUCUGUAUUCUCUUGGGCAGGUUUUUAAAUUAAAAAAAAAAGUAAUUUAA